GAUAGAGUUGUGGGAGAUACAAAAUGUCAGGUGGUCCUACUGUCCUCCCUUCUGAUGGGAAAUGUAAAGAGCGAUGUAAUAGUGAACGAAAUGGUGGAAGCUAUGAUCCUGUGAGGUGGAGUGAAUAUUUUAACAUACGGGAUGAUAUAGAACUCGAGGGGGGUACAUUUCGAAUCUAUCGUCGAGGUGUCGAAGGGCCUCUCCUCUUCUUUUUACAUGGUGGUGGUUUCUCAGCUUUAACAUGGGCGGUCCUAAGUACUCUUAUUACUGAUCAAGUUAAGUGCCAAUGUUUGGCAGUAGAUAUGAGAGGUCACGGUGAUACAAAGUGCCUCAAUGAUGAUGACCUAUCUAUCGACACUCUCUCGAAGGAUAUAAUAAAAAUAAUAUUUGCUAUGUAUCCAAUGGAGGCUCCGCCAAUUAUCCUUGUGGGCCACAGUAUGGGUGGAGCUGUAGCAGUACAUGUGGCAUGCAAGCGAACUAUCCCUUCUUUGGCUGGUCUUGUUGUUAUUGAUGUGGUUGAAGGAUCUGCUUUGAGCUCAUUACGUGGCAUGACAGCUUUCUUACGUGGUCGUCCUCAAAGUUUUCUUUCUUUACCUCAAGCAAUUGAGUGGAGCGUUCGGAGUUCGCAAAUACGUAAUGUAAAUUCAGCUCGUGUGUCUUUCCCUGGUCAGUUAAAGCGUAUCACAAGUGGUCAGACUGCAACAAGCGAACUAGAUUCAGGGAUCGCAGUUCUUUCUAAAACUGUUCCGUCUGUUCCUUCUGUAACUUCAACGCUAGAUGAUAGAGCCUCUUCUGUAAGUCGAUUAUCAAGUCAGCCAUUGGUUGAAGAUUCAGAAAUAGAUAACUCUAGAAGUUCAGAAAUCAAUUCUGAAAAUAAUUUAGAAGUUGAUCAAAAUUCAACAAGUCUUCCUAGCUGUCAUAAUGAUGCUGACAGUUUACAAUACAAUACAGAAAAUGUAUCGGUGGAUUCAUCUAAAUUUUCCAGUCAGUCUAUUGGAGAAUCUAUUAAUUCAAUAAGUGGUAGUACACUUCCUUCUUUUACUGACUCUUCUACUAUUUCAAAACAUUCUGGUUUGGUAACAUGUCAAUCGAAUCGUCCACAGUAUACUUGGAGAAUAGAUUUAAUUAAAACACAACCAUUUUGGCAAGGAUGGUUUUCUGGUUUGUCUAAACUAUUUCUAUCAAUACCUGAACCAAAAUUACUUCUGUUAGCUGAUGCUGAUCGAUUGGAUAAAGAUUUAACCAUUGGACAAAUGCAAGGUUUGUAUUAAAUGUUAUUAAAUCUUAUUAUUGUCGUUAUUUUAGCAAAAUAUACCAGUGAAUUUCUAUGAUUAUUAUGAUUUAAAUACAGUACAGACAGUAUCACAGCCCACACACAAAUCAAGUGACUUGUGUGGCGCAUAUUUAUUCGGUGUCCCUUUGUACCAAUAUUUAUGUGUUCAAGUAAAAAAAAAAUACAAACAAGAUAUAUGGAUUCUUAUUCUAGCUUCAAGUCAUAUUUAGUGCUUAAGGUUUGGAGAUUAGCUGGGGCAGGUAAUAAAAUUAAUAUGCUUAAUAGCAUUAACGUUAAUAUCACUUUGUAUCAUUUCAUCUUGCACGAUUCGUUCAUUUAUUCUGUUCAUGUUGAUUAAAUAUUAGGUGUAUGUUGAUGAGUUAACGCAUGAACCACAUUGUAUAUGGAAUGUUAAGAUUUAUUUUUUGUGUCAUGAAUUUCUUUUGACUGUAUCUUGUAUAUUUCUAAAGCUAAGGAUCAUAAAUAAUAUUUUUUUUCUAAAAAUCAACCGCACUAAUUAAUAUCCUAGUUUUAAUAUUUUCUUUAGUGAUAAACAAGUUUAUGUUCUUCUGAGUUAAGACAUUUUAGUUGAAAGAAACCACAAUAAGAGACUUUUGUGUCGUCUAAAAAACGAUGCUCAAACGAAAAGAGCUAUUCUCUGAAGUUUAUGGAUAAGUUUAUAACUGAAAUACUAAAAUAAGCAUAAAUCAUCUCUUUCUUUAUGAAUAAUGAUAUGGUGAACAGUGCAAAUCGAAGAAUAAGCACCACACUAAUAACCAACAUCCCGUAUGGUAAAUUAAUCCCACUGUAUAAAACGUAUAUCUGAAAUCAAAUAUUUACAUAUUUUUAUUAAACUUAUAUCUGUUAGUUUAUAUGUAUAUGCUGCAGUAUGUCUUUCGGAAGGAUAUAAAGACAAAAUGCUACUUGAUUUCUUGGACAUAUACCUACUUUUUAUUAAUGGUUGAGUUAUGAAUAAUGAAUUGAUAAGUACACUAAUAUUUACUUAGUAAUAUUACUGAUAUGUAUUAUUGUCAUCAAUAUUGAUAUUCAGGUUGUACGAGCCGUGUAGGUAGGUACUGACUAUUACCUGAUUGAUACUCAGGUGAUUAUCCUAGCCUAUAUUUGAAGAUAACUGUCUCACCAUAUAAACACAGCGUUGUUUAUCCUAGUAUUUCAUUCAUUGUAUCAUUUAUCAGUGUGUAUUUAAUACUUUUUUUAUCUGCAUCAGUGUUUUUAGUUAUUUUUUUACAUUUGACAUAUUCGAUUGUGGUUUUUAAAGUCGUUGAAUACAAAAGUAUUGGCCAACUUGUGUACUCUUGAUUGGUUUAUGUGGAGACAGUAUAUUAUAGGAACGAGCUAAAAAUAACUCCAGUCAGUUCUCAACCAUUCAGAAAAUUGUUUUGUAAAUGGAUAGUUUGUGGAGAAGAAGACAAUAAUAUAACUAAGCGCAAACAGAUUUGAUAUAAUUUUUUAAUUUAUUAACCUCUACCACAGGUACGUUACUCUUUCUGUAAAUCGAAAGAAAACGGAUACAUAAAAACUCGUUCGUACGAAUGUAGAUUAUACUUGUUCUCGAACACUUAUAGAGAUCCAAACAGAUUGUUAAGAGUCCACACAUCGUCCCUGGUUAGGAUUAAGUAUUUAGGGUUAGUUUUUUCAACACAAACUGACAUCAGGCAUAACACGAAAGUGCUCUAUAGUUAUAUGGGUGAAUGAAUUUUAAUGCAAAAAUAUAAGACGUACUGUCUGACUAGUUUGUCCAUGAAAUUUAGUGUCACCAGUUCAAGACUUAUUUCUGUAUUGGAUGUUUAAGAUUAGAAUUUAGAGACAGUGUCGAUUUGUAUGUCGCAUACAAUUUACAGAGAAAGAACUGAAUUUUUAAUUCAUUCAACGCCAUCAUUCUUACUCUGUAGUGACAAAAACCUAUUUUUGGCUAUCACUUUAAAUAUUUUGAGGAGUCUAGAAAUGUAUUUCUACUACUCGUUAUACGUGAUAUUUGAUCUGUACUCUAAGUCAAAUUCUCAAUUGUUUGGUUCAUCCCUCAAGUAUACUUUAUACAAUUUAUAUUCAUACAAUGCAGUUUUGUUUAGGUAAAUUUCAGGUUCAGCUGUUCCCUCGUGCUGGUCAUGCUGUUCAAGAGGAUACUCCAGAUAGAGUUGCGGAAUGCCUGGCUAGAUUUCUAGUGCGCAACCGAUUCACUGAAGCUCGUUCAGAUUUGUGAACAAUUAAUAUAGUAUCAUAUCAAGAUUAUUGCUGAAUUCCACUAUUCAGUUUUCAUAUAUCGUCGAAUACACUUUCUUCAUGACUGGACGGUCGCUAAUUAGACUUAGUUUGUGUAUUUGUGUAUGUGUAUACAUAAAGCUUUAAUCAUAGUAUUUGUAUAAUUUCUUUUAUAGAAUCCUAUAUUACCUUGUCUCUAUCCUUGUAGUGUGACUAUUCAAAUUCAGUUUGUUUAUUUUUGGAAAUUACUCGAAAUGACAUUGCAAAAUUUCAUGCCAAAAUUAAUUGAUUAAACAAGAAAAUAGAUAAUUACUGCUCAUUGUUCUUUUUUGUUUUGUUUACUUCUUCCCAUUAUUAGUAUCUGUUUGUGUAUAUUUACUUAUGUAUGGCGUAUAUAUAAACUUUAAUAAUGUUUUAAUGUAUGUGCACGGGUUUCAUUGUACUUCUGUUAUCAAAUUUUUUUAAACUUCGAAAAUGCAAUUGGUUAUUUUUAUUUGUUUAUUAAUAACUUCUGUUUUCUCAUUUUUCAUUUGACAUGAUGAUUCUUGUAGAUUUUCGAAAUGUGUCAUUAUGACCAACUCUUCGUUUAUUCAUGUAUAGGUGUGUAGCUUCUUGUUUUCUUCCUGUUUUCUUUUCGAAAAAAAAUGAAACACUCAACUUCAUUUUAUUUCUCUCUUGUUUCGGUUUUGUCUUCUCUAAUAAUUGACCAUUUUGAAGUAACAACAUCAUUGUCAUCGUAGAUUCGUAUUGAAUGUUUUGGUUUUUUCCCUUUAUUGAGCGGAGAAACUAUCUUCAUGAAUGUGUACUCUAAGCUGAGGAUAAUUUUGAAUUGCAUAUAAUUAGUUAUUGUUUUUAUCAUAUUUCCUGUACAAAAUUAUCUUUUUUCGGAGUUUUCCUUGAUUUUCUUAGAUUAGAGAUCUUCAAAGGGAAAAGUGUUCAUCAGUUUGUCAUUAACUGUUUUCUUUAUUCACUUACUAUACUUGAAGUUGUUUUUUAAGUCUUGGUUAUUGUUGUCAUGUAGUUAGUUCUCUUUUAACAGAGUUGUUUGUGUUAUUUUAAAUGCUGGUGCUAAUAACUUAUAUUGUCAAGUCUAUUGUUAUUUAUUUCUGUGUGGUAAUCAAUCACAUUAACGUUUUCUUUUUGGCUUUUCUUUCUCGUAUAUUUUAUGUUCUUCCGUGUAUGUGGUUGUUGAUACGAUUCAAUGCGCUUAUCUACUUUUUUUAUUCGAAUUUUUUACCAUAGUUAUUCUUUCUGUCUCUCUUCUGCUCUUAUCUUUUCGAUUCAUGUAUUUUUACAAAGAAUAUUUCUCGCUGACAAUCAAGAUGAAGUGUUAAUAAAACUAUAAAUGCUAGUGAUUAGCAUCUUGUAUUAUUAAAAUCCGUGUUUUUUUUCUUUCCCGUGUUGGUGAUUAACAAAUAAAAUUAUGCGAUUGUU